CAAUCAGUACGAUCUGUCGCUGCUGUUCUAUUGCCCAUAAAAUGUCAUCUUAAGUUGUAAUUAGACGGAGAAAAACGUAGAAAUUAUGCGUAACAAGUUUCUACGCAUAAUUAAUGAUUUCUAUGUCUUAGUAUGCUUAUCUACAACAAAUAAAAAAACUGUCCGAAACCGCGCAUUUUCUCGUGAAUAGUUGCAAUUUUAGCGUACUUUGGCAUUAAGUUAAUUGCAUCUCUAACUUAGUUGUAGUUUCCGCGGAUUUUUUGUCGUAGUUAGUUGUAGUUUGGCGGAGUUGUUAAAAAUGUUUGAGUAUUUUUUACACUCAUCUACAAACAAUUAUUAAGAAAGUUUUCGAAAUCGCGCAUUUUUUGUGAUUAGUUGUAAUCUUAGCAUUGUUUAGCAUUAAAACUUCUUAUUUUCAUGUAGAAUCUCUACUUUACUUGUAGUUUCCGCGUAUUUUUUUUCGUAAUUGGUAGUAGUUUGGCACAGUUGUUGCAUAAAAAGUUGGAGAAUUAUUUCCGCCAGGGGAUAUCCUGAGUAUCAUCCCAUUUUGAUACUGAUCAUACUACGAUCAUCCGUAUCAGCUUAGAAUCAUCCUCAGGAUAUCGCUUUUCAGAAUAUCCACGUACGUAUAUGCACAGGAUUGACGUAGGAUAUACAAUUAAUACGCUUUUAUCCGCGCGUAUGGUCGAAUACAUAAGAAAUAAAAAAAAAGAUAGAUAUUAAUUUUCUUGUAAAAUUUAUGAUUUAAUAUAUGUUUUUAAAAUAAUAUUACUUGAGAUACUCUAAACUGAGCUGCGUUCAGAAUGAACGUCUAGGUGCACCCAGACAUCAUUCUAUCCUUGUUUAAUGUUCGGUAAACAACAAAGAUAAAACGACAUCUGGGCGCACCCGGACGUUUAUUCUGAACGCACUCAUGCGCUCGAUCUUAGCGCCGUCUGCUACGUUUCCUGUUCUGGUUUCUUCUUGCUUAACUCUUAACCGCGUGAACGGCUUUUGAUCCGUGAUCCGAGCUAAUGUAAUCAAGUUCAAUCAAGUGGAUUGAGUGCUUUUUCAUGUGCUAUAAAUAAUCGUUGUAAUUUUUUAUUGCUUUCGUGCAUAGAUUCUCUUUGGCUGCGUUCCGUUUCGCGCAUAGCACGCAUUGUUCGCAUAACAUAUGCUUAGCGCAUUGGAUACGUUUCGUUUCAAUAUGCGCACUAUGUACGCUUUGAAAUGGAACGAUGUUAAACGCAUUAGAAGCGUGAAAUCAAAAUGGAUUCCACAACAAUAAAUUGCGCUAUCACUAUUGUGACAAAGUUUUUAAUUGAUGACAUUAAUGAAAGUGACAUCGAAUCGUCUAGUUGCAGUUUUGACGACUACUAUAGUGGCGAAGAAUAUGAGAACGUUUUGAAUAUCGAUUACGAAUUGGAAAUUUUAUAUUUAAUUUUAAUGGUGGGUGAAACACGAGGAGAAACGGUUGUAAAAGAAAAAAUAACAGAUUUUGUUGAAAGAGUUAUUCCUGGAUACACAAGGCACAUAUUCAAAGAACAUUUUCGAAUGUUUCCGGAAACAUUCGAAGAGGUGUUACAAUUAAUCGGGCCAGGACUAAAAGCCAUAAAUGCAUUGCCUGGAAGAAAACCAAUCUCUGCCGAAAAGCAACUCCUGAUUGCAAUUUGGUUUAUGUCUACUCCUGACUCUUAUAGGUCAGUAUCAACGAAAUUCGGAGUUGGAAAAGCAACUGCAUUUAGAGCAUUAAGACGAGUAACGUAUGCUCUACAUUGUAUUGCUCCUCAGUUUAUUCAAUGGCCCAAAGGUGCAAUUGCUACAAAUGUAAUGAGGAAAUUUGAACAAGUUUGUGGUUUUCCUAACGUGAUAGGUUGUAUUGAUGGAACUCAUAUAAAGAUUCGUGCUCCAAAAGAAGAUCCAGUCUCAUACAUAAACAGGAAAGGUUUCCACUCAAUUAAUGUACAAGUUGUCUGUGAGUCGCGUGGACUAUUUACUCAUUGUUAUGCCGGACAUGUAGGCUCUGUACAUGAUGCAAGAGUUUUUCGGAACUCACCAGUGGCAGAUUUUCUUCAAUUACCUGAAACCUAUUUUCCUGAUAAUUCACACAUUAUUGGAGAUGCUGCGUAUAGUAUCCAUCCACAUUGUAUGGUACCUUUUAGAGACAAUGGUCAUCUGACAAAUGCGCAAAAAAAUUUCAAUUAUUGUCUAUCAUCUACGCGAAUGACAAUUGAACGCGCAAUAGGUCAUCUCAAAGUUCGUUUUAGAAUUCUCUUAGAUUGUUUACCUUUAACAAAUAUAAGAAAAAUUUCAGAAUUUAUUUUAGCCUGUUGUGUAUUGCACAACAUUUGUAUUUUGAAAAACGAUAUAAUUGAACUGGGUAUAUAUCCAAAUGAAGAAGAAGUGAGACCUAUUUUACAUGAUAACACAGUUGAGUUAGGAAAUGCUAAAAGAACGGUAAUUAUGAAUACUUUACCAAGGAAAAUAUAAUAUUAAAGCGUAACUCGACAUCAUGUGUAUAAAAAUAAAAAUGCAUAUAUUAUGUAAUAAACAAAUUAAACGUU